AUGGAUGCGCGGUUAGAUCAAAUAAGAAGGAAUAACAUCAAAAAUGUUUGUGAAGUACGUGAUCCUGUAUUAAAUCUUACUCAUGAUAAGGUCAUUGGGGCGUAUACUCUUAUAGGUGAAGAAUUUGAAGCUGAUUAUAUUGAGCAAGUGAAAGAUAUAAAGGAAUUAUUUCAACUUCCUAAAGAUAUUAGAAAGGGUCUAGCUAGAAAUACUUUGUCGUUGCCAUAUGAUGAUUCUUGGUUUAAGGGAUAUUCUUGGUUCACAAUGUCAAUGUGCCGCGUUGAAAAAAACUUUAAUGUUGCAUUAGAUGUUGAUAAUAAGUUCAUCAAAAACUUGAUUGAAAAAUCAUUUACCAACGAAAUUGACAAAACUAGAUGCUACCAAGAACCAAUCAUAAAACAAUUGAUGAAUCCUUUACAAACUUUCAACAGAAGCACGCUCAUGCAACAACACAGAGAUAUUAUAAUAACCUGUUCAGAAGAAAUACCGAAUGAUGAGAUAUCUCGUGAAUGUAAUGAGGUUAUCAAAAGGAUAAGUGAAGUUGAACAUUCAGAUGAAGAAAUUAUCAAAAUGAAUAAAUUGGUUUCAAGGCUCUGGCAAUCCCAUUCUUACGAAGAAGAACAUGACAAAUUUAAUGAUAUCAUAAAGGAAAUAAAUCAAGCUACAAUUGAGAAUAAAGAAUUUCAAGAUAAAGAUGCAGAAACAAAAAAAGAAAUCAUUUCUUUCCUUUGUCGCACCAAAUUAAGUGUUGCCGAUGAGCUUAAAAAUAUAACACCAAAAAUUGUUGAGUUAUUAGAUUUGGUAAAUCAAGCCAUGGGGGUUGGUUUGCAAACAAACUUAAUAGAGAUUGUGGAAGAAAGCUCUAUCAAGAAUUCAAGAUCAUUGAGUAGCGAUGAUCCUUCAGAAUACGGUAAGUCGGCUAUAGACAUUAGAUUAAGAAGUUCAGAAAAUCAAGAGAUCAUAGUCAUAGAGCGUAAAAGGUUAAAGACUUUAAGAUCCAAGUUCCUUGAGUUCUUAGCUGCAUCAAAAGAUCAACAAAUAAAGAAGAAAGAGUUGAAGAUAAUUGGAAACAUGGUAAAGCAGGCCUUAACCUAUGUAAAGGAAGGUCUUGGUAAAACCACAGCGGUUCUUACAAACUUAAAUACACUUAUUAUACUAGAAGCAGAUAUUUCCAAAAGUAAUAUUGUUAAGAUUAAGAAUAAAUGCUUUUUUGACAUCAAGUUAAGAUACAAAAUAAUUGAUUAUGAGGCACAAAAGAUAUCAUUUAGAUACGGUAUUCUAUAUUUGUUGAGUAUAGUUAAAAAACCUUCAGAUACCACAAAAGAAAAAAGAAUGAAAGAAUUUGAAAAAUUCCAAAUAAGUGAUUCUGAAAAAUUUGACAGUGAAAGUGAAACAUUUUCAGAAAAUGUCAGUGAAAAAUCAAAUGAUGAAUCUGAAAGUCAAACUUUAGAAUCAAGUAAGCUAUUACCCAACGGUACAAAAAAUCAUUCCAUGCAAUAUGGUUACAGGUAUAACUCGAAUGUCUUUUCAAUUAAAUACCGCGAUGUUUCUGAAUCAUUAGGUUAUGAAUUUGAUGGUGUUGCAUUAGAAGAUGAUUUAAUUUUGAAGUUAUAUCAAAGUGAUCUCUACCAAUUUGACCCAAUUGAAGAUCAACUAAAAUUCAGCAGUUAUCUAAAAGAAAUUCAAGCGCUUGAAUAUAUCAAUAAGUACAAUUCAGAAAUUUAUCCAAAACAAGGAAUCCAUCAUAGGGCCGAAUCGGGAGUUUUGAAUGUACCAAAGAUUUAUAAACAUUUAAUACUAAACUUAACUAAUCCCAUUACCGGACUUUCUGAUCAACAUGGUUAUGCCAUAAUCAUGUCAAAAAUUGAAGGGAAUAUUAUCAGUUCAUUGGACCAAGGGUUAGCCAAUGAGUCUAUCAAAAAAAAGUUAGAGAAACAAACUUCAAUAAUGGAGAACAUUGGAAUUUCACAUAAUGAUUUAGCUCCAAGAAAUAUCAUACUUAAUCCACAAAAUCAACUCUUAUACAUUUUAGAUUGGGGAUGUUCAACAAUAAAAGAAUUAAACAGUAAUAGAUCUGUGGUUUCAAUUGGUGAUGAUGCUUAUUCCGCUUCAAUCCCAUCUUCAAUGUCAUCUUGUGAUGUAUCGCAGUCUCCAUUAUUUAGUGCCAACACUGGUCGUGGGCAAUUUAGCAUGACUUCAACAAGUUACAAUGAUGAUGUUGUUGAUGAUGACAAGAAUAAUUAG